CCCUGCUUCGCCGUACGGGACUUGAACCAUCGGAAAUUUUUCACCGCUCGGUCAAAUCUUUCGCAGUGUUUGGACGCGUCGGUUGUGUGUUCGAAGCGCUCGCUGGGUGAAACAGUUUUUUCCUUUCUUUGACUGUACAGCAGCAGUGUCGCAGACAGAGAAGUUUCUGCUUUGUUGACGCCAUAUUGCCAGUGGUGCUGCUGUUGGGACAAAUUUUGCUCCCACAGUCGUCGGUCGCGCGAUCCAGUGUACGUUGUCCAAUCGAAGUGUGCGAAAUAAAAACUCGAUUACGGUGCAUCCAAGAAGGCGAUGCAAGUGCAAGCGGACCGGCUUGGAUUGAAGUGUCAAAGUUGGUCAUUAAUUUAUUGGUGAUUAGGUCGUGAGACGUUUUGUUGAUUAUUUUUUUCGGGACAUUGAAAGUGUUGGAAGAUUUGAGUUUCAAUAGUGUAUAGUGAGUUUGAUUGAAGCAUAGUUCGGAGAAUCGCGGAACCAUGUCCGACGAAUAUUAUGAUGAAGACGGGUUCCGUCUGGAGUUCGAGGACGAUACUCCCGACCAGGAGAAGCAGUUCUUCAUGCGAGCCUUCCCGAAUGUGAACAAAAUAUCCGAACGCAAGGUGCAUUGCACCUCAUGCUACAUGCACAUCGGGACGGCUCCCAUCACGGAAGCCAUCAUCCGUAUGCACCCGGUGCUGCGGGUGUCGCACUGCCGCAACUGUCACACCUUUUACAAUAGCGGAGAGUUCGACAAGGGUGAAGACGGCAGCGAACUGUACUGCCGCUGGUGUGGACAGGGUGGCGAAGUGUACUGCUGCUCAAAGUGUCCGUACGUGUUCUGCAAGAAAUGUAUCGUGCAGAACUUGUCCCGGGCCUGCGUGCAGGACAUUUCGCGCAACGACAACUGGCAGUGCUUCAGUUGUGCUCCGAAAAUUAUGUGGCAUCUGCGGGCCCAGCACUGGGCGUUGGUCAACUACAUCGAGAAACAGAAGAAAGACAUGAAGGACAAAAACCUCUCGGUGCAGACCAUCAACAACCUGAUGAAACAAGAUAGCACCACAUGCUGUAGUGGCAAAGGACUCAACAAGAAGAACACCACUCCAGUUUCGGCGAAAAAAUCCGCUAAACGUCCAUCCGAUGCAAAUGAUUUCUCGCCUGGCGCUGCUAAAAUACCGGACAACAAGCGCAUCGCUCCACGUCCGAUUCUCCCAGUGCAACAACAGACUGGUGCAACGCCACCAGCUGCCAAGAAGGCAAAGACUGACAACAACGAAGUCGUUUGCACUCCAGAUAUAAUGAGCAUGUUUAUGACCCCAGAGGAGCCGCCACCAUUGGUGGCUGCAAGGACACAACCACCAGCAGCAAAACCUCCAGCUCCGAGACCCACCCCACCUCCUGCUGUACCCACUACAGUUCCUGGCCGACAGGUGGUUGUUCGGCCAGCAAUUCCAGCCAAUCAAGCUCCGGUUACAAUGCGGAUGCCUACCAUGGCUAAUGCGACAAACGCUGCUCCACCGCCGGUUUAUCACACCAUCAAUGGCUAUAGGAUCGACCUACACACGGCUGCCCAGCAGGGUACCUAUCGUUUGCCCAACGGAAAGCUCAUUCAGGUUCGCAAGCAAGCGCCAACAACACCGCCCACUCCUACCGCAGUUCCUGCUGCAAGAAAUAUUGCCCCGAAACCCCAGAACACGUAUUUUAAUCCAGUUAGCGUGGCGCAAAAUAUUCCUGCCCGCAUUACUAACGGUGGUACGAAUAUGCACAUCAAUAUUGCUCUUCAGCAGCAGCAGCAGAUUCAGGAGCAACGCUUACAACAGCAAAGGCAACAACAACAACAGCAGCAGCAACAACAACAGAUCCUUCAGCAGCAACGUCAGCAACAGUUGCUCAUGCAGCAAGCUCAAGCUGGUCAACCACAACCGACGAUCGUUGCCGGACAAAUCAAUCCUGCUCUUCAAUUGCCCACCUUGGUUAUGCUUCAAAAUAUGGUCAAUGGACCCCAUGAAGACUCGCCACUGGGCAAAUCACGAAAGAACUUCGAAGGCAAACUGCUUUCGGGUGUGGAAAUCUGCCAGCACAUUGUCAACAAAAUCAACACGCUGACCAAUUCAAACUCAUUCAAGAACAUUCGUAACGUGCGGGACCUAAAAGAGCUGUACAUUCACGUGUCCUACUUGCUGACGUACGCGAUCGGGCGGUUCAAAACGCUACAGGAGAAGUGCGUCGACGAUGUGAAGAAGAUGGGCUUCACCAAGGAGUCGGACUUCGUGAUGAUGGGCGAGCAGAUUAGCAAUCGGAAUCCGGAUGAGGACAAGAGCGAUGACGAAGAUGACUGCGAAAUUAUCGAGCAAAAUACGACGCUCAUCGAGCUGGAUUCCGAGGAUGAGGAGGACUCCGGCAAGAAGAAGAAAGCUGAACCGGCCGACAAGGGCGUACCGUGCCCGCAGGAGACUGAGGCUGCCGUGGCGGCUAUCCUUCAGGAAAAGGAUGAUGCUAACGCAUCCAUUGAACUCAUCGCAGUCGAUAGUAGCGAACAAAUUGUUUCCGAUGAAAAUGAAUCUUCAAACAAGGAUGAAACUGCCGCAGAGCAAACAGAGCCCGUCACUAUCUCCUCUGAAGAGAGCGUCACGAAUGAAGCAGCGGCGACCGAAUCCACAGAAACUAAGACCGACGACGAUACGACUGCCAACACGGUCAAUCCAGAUCAGGUCGAAAUCGCUGAAAGUGAUAAGAAAAGUGAAUCAGCAGACAAAGGAAAUGAUGAGGAGGUUCUCAAAGAGAACGAAGAAACUGCUUCGAAGGAUGUUGAAAAGGCUAAGGAUGAUGUAGCGGAGACCAGUGACGCCACAGUACAGAACAAGGCAGAUGACACCAUGGAAGUAUCUGCUGAAAGCGAUGAAGUAGUGGCUGAUGUUCAGGAAGAAAAGCAAGAAUCCGUAGAAAAAGAUGCAUCCUUGUCGGCUGUGGAGGAGAAGUCUGGUGACGCGGAAGAAGAUGCAGUGAUGGAAUCUGUGGAAAAUGAAAAGACAUCAGAGGUAGAAGAGAGCGAAGAAAAAAGCAAAGAAGAUGGAAACGAGAACAAGGAGAAUGAAGCAGUUCAGACUGUGCCGGAAAGUAGCGAGGAAGCAGUUCAGACUGUGCCGGAAAGUAGCGAGGAAGCAAUCCAGACCGUGUCGGAAAGUGGCGAGGAAGCACUUCAGACUGUACCGGAAAGUAUCGAGGAAGCAGAUGUACAAGAAGAAUCAGAUAAUAGUGGUGCGGAAAAGCAGGUGGAGCAACCAGAGGAAAUGGAAGUGGACGCACUAGCUGAAGAUAAAAUGGAAGACGAUCCAACAGCGCAGGACGAAGAGAAGCCAAGUGAAACCACAGAUGAGCCUAAUUUAUUAGAUGAUACAUUAGAAGACCCGUUGGCUUUAUCCGCUGAAGGACAAUUCACCGCUGAUGAACAGCCAACCGCUGAUGAACAGUCAACCGCUGAAGAACAGUCAACCACUGACCCUCUAGGCGAGGAAGAAGAAAAGGCAGCUUCUGUUCCGGAACCCAAACCCAGUGAAAUCUCAGAUGCAAAACUCGCCGACGAAACAGUAACCGAUGAAGUUCAGACUGUACAGCAAAGCAACUCAACGACAGAAACGUCGGAGGCACCAGAAUCAUCUGAAGAUGGUGUGGCAGCGGAAAUUACUGAGGAAGUUACUGCCUCGGAGGAUCCGACUGCUGAAGAAAUUCUCAGCGAUGAAACCCCUGCCGCGGCUACCCCAGCGCAAGAGGCUCCUGAAGCAGAAAAUCUACCCGCCGAGGAAGAACUGGACGCACCAACGGGCAGUGAUCUUCUCGCACAAAUUGAAGAUUCCUUUUUGAAACUGCAGGAGAUGAUCGAUUCCACCGAGGAAGCGACUGCGGAGCAACCUGUCGAUAACGAUCAAGAAAUGACGGAUGAUUUAUCCGAUGAUCCGAUAGCCAAAGCUCUCGCAGAACAAAUGGAAGUGGACGAAGACGCACCAGCAUGUGCAGUGGCCGACAAUGUGACUCCGACGGUGGAUGAAACAGAAACUACAACAGCGGUGGAUGUUGCCAUUCCUGAAGAAUCACAGGAAGCUACUUCUGAUGAGGUCGAAAAUCCAGUUACAGGCGAUGAAGCGUCAAACGAUCCAAUGUUGGCGGAAUGCAAUGGUGUGCUAGAGGAAAAUGGCACAAGUGAUUCAAAUGGAACUAACGGUGAGUUAGAACAAAUUUCAGCUCUAGGAGAUGAAGUACUAGAAGUGGGUAAAAUGGUCCCAAGUACUGAGGUCGAAAGUAUAAAUUCCCCAGAGGAGAUGAUUAGUGGUGAUUAUUAAGUAACAUAAGGCAAGUUUGUACAAAUAGUGUUUUCGCAUAGUUGAUAAAUUUGGUAACGAGACGUUACGUUUGUCGUCUCCUAGUUUUAUAUGGCUUUGGACUAGCUCAGAUAAGUAGUGUAACACUACUUUACAAAAUCUUAUAAAUACACAGUAUAUAAUCUAGUAACAAUUGAAAUCAAAUUAUCCACUUAGAUUCUAAGAUAAUGCUUCGUUUAAUUAGUUAUUAGUUUUUAUUUUUACAUUCUUUAAUAUCUGUCCGUAGUUAUCAGAGUAUCUAAGAAUACUUCGCUUCUGAGCAUUUUUAUCUGAUCAACUAGUAUUAGAAUUUUAAGGAUUCUGAUGUUUCAUUAAAUGAGAGCACAUAAAAAGUAGCAUUGUGUCAAAAAGACACAUAUUUGAAUGAAUUAUGUAGCCAUUAAGAGAAAUCAACAACAAAUUAAAGUACAUUAUUCUUCGUAUGAAUGUCAAA